CGAGGAAGGCGGCCGCUGCUGCUUUUUCGGACAGGGUUGAAGUAGGAAGCACUUGUCCUGUUGCAAGAGUAUUUGGAUACCUGAUACCUUUCUUCUAGCCUUAGAUGGGAGUUUGCAACACGGGACGCUGAUUCGGUGGUCUCUGAGCUGGGGAGUUUGACCUUAUUGACAGAGACAUUUAAGGCUCUUCUGUGUGGCACUUCAGAAUGAUGGAUCAAGCGAGAUCAGCAUUCUCUAACUUGUUCAGUGGAGAACCAUUGUCAUAUACCAGGUUUAGUCUGGCUCGGCAAGUGGAUGGCGAUAACAGUCACGUGGAGAUGAAACUAGCUGCAGAUGAGGAGGAAAAUGCUGACAGCAGCGUGGCCGGCAGCCACACCAGGGUCACAGCGCCCAAAAGGCUCAAUGGGUAUAUCUGCUAUGGGGCUGUGGCUGUGAUCAUCUUUUUCCUGAUUGGAUUUAUGAUUGGCUACUUGGGCUAUUGUAAACGUGUAGACCCAAAUGCCGAUUGUCAGAGACCGGCAGGAACAGCGUCUUCGUGCCCAGAGGAGACAGAGCCCUCCGAAUCAGAAGAGCAGCUGCCCGAAACACCUCACAUAUUUUGGACGGACCUCAAAUCAACGUUGUCGGAGAGACUGGAUGCCAUAGAUUUCACCACUACCAUCAAGAUGCUGAAUGAAAAUUCUUACAUCCCUCGUGAGGCUGGAUCUCAGAAAGAUGAAAGGCUUGCUUUUUUCAUUGAAAAUCAAUUCCGUGAACUUAAACUCAGCAAAGUCUGGCAUGAUGAACAUUUUGUUAAGAUUCAGGUCAAAGGCAGCAAUACUUACAACUCAGUGGCCAUAGUGAAUACAAGCGGCAACAGCAGUACGACAGACCUGGUGGAGCAUCCCGAGGGUUAUGUGGCGUACAGUAAGGCGACGACAGUUACUGGUAAACUGGUCCAUGCUAAUUUUGGCACUAAAAAAGACUUUGAGGAUUUAAACAUGUCUGUGAACGGAUCUUUAGUGAUUGUCAGAGCAGGGAAAAUCACUUUUGCCGAAAAGGUUGCAAAUGCUGAAAGUUUCAAUGCACUUGGUGUCUUGAUAUACCUGGAGCACAGUGAUUUUCCCGUUGUUGAGGCAGACCUCCCUGUGUUCGGACAUGCUCAUCUGGGAACAGGGGACCCUUACACACCUGGAUUCCCUUCUUUCAAUCACACUCAGUUCCCACCGUCCCAGUCGUCGGGGUUGCCUAACAUACCUGUCCAGACAGUUUCCAGAGCCGCUGCGGAAAAGCUAUUUCAAAAUAUGGAAAGAGACUGUCCUUCUAUCUGGGGAGUGGACUCUUCAUGUAAGCUGGUAUCCGCACAGAACAAAAAUGUGAAGCUCACUGUGAACAAUGUGCUGAAAGAGAUAAGAAUUCUUAACAUCUUUGGAGUUAUUAAGGGCUUUGAAGAACCAGAUCGCUAUGUUAUAGUAGGGGCCCAGAGGGAUGCCUGGGGUCCUGGAGCUGCAAAGUCCAGUGUAGGAACAAGUCUCCUGUUGAAACUUGCCCAGAUACUUUCUGAUAUGGUCUCAAAAGGUCAGUUUAAACCCAGCAGGGGCAUCGUCUUCGCCAGCUGGAGUGGGGGAGACUUUGGAGCUAUUGGUGCCACUGAAUGGCUAGAGGGAUACCUUGCCUCUUUGCAUUUAAAGGCUUUUACUUACAUUAAUCUGGAUAAAGCUGUUCUUGGUACCAAAAAGUUCAAAGUUUCUUCCAGCCCACUGUUGUAUUCACUUAUUGAGAAGAUGAUGCAAGAUGUGAAACAUCCACUUACCAGCCAGUCUCUGUAUCAGGACAGCAACUGGAUCAACAAGGUGGAGAAGCUUUCUUUUGAUGAUGCUGCUUUCCCUUUCCUUGCAUACUCUGGAAUCCCUGCGGUCUCUUUCUGUUUUUGUGAGGACAAAGAUUACCCUUACUUGGGUACUCCCAAGGACACCUAUGAGAUGCUGACCCGGCAAGUUAAUGACUUAAACAAAAUGGCACGAGUGGCAGCAGAAGUAGCCGGUCAGCUUGUGAUUAAACUCACCCACGAUGUUGAAUUGCACCUGAACUAUGAGAUGUAUAAUGACAAGAUACUUUGGUUUGUGAGGGAAAUAAACCAGUUCAGAGCAGACAUGAAGGAGAUGGGUCUGAAUAUGCAGUGGCUGUAUUCUGCUCGUGGAGACUUCUUCCGUGCUACGUCGAAACUAACAACAGAUUAUAAUAAUGCUGAGAGAACAAACAGAUUUGUCAUGAGGGAAAUCAAUGACCGUAUCAUGAAAGUGGAAUAUCACUUCCUCUCACCCUAUGUGUCGCCGAGAGAAUCUCCUUUCCGACACAUCUUCUGGGGCUCUGGUGCUCACACGCUGCCAGCUUUGCUAGAGCACUUGAGGCUGCGUCGGAAUAAGGGUGCUUUUAACGAAACGCUGUUGAAAAACCAGUUGGCUCUGGCAACUUGGACUAUUCAGGGAGCUGCAAAUGCCCUCUCUGGUGACAUCUGGGACAUUGACAAUGAAUUUUAAAUGUGAUACCUGUAACGUAUUUAUCAGGGUAGUGUGGUUUCUAGACUUGUGUUGGUUGUGCUAAAUUUUCAGUAGGGCUGCAAAACCUAAUAUUGUUAAAAAUCUACCCAAUCUUGGUACUACUAGAUGGCUUUAGGCAGCAGCUUUUGAUCCAGGGUAGGUACCUGCACUUCAUGUUAAAGUGAAUAACCACUUAAAAAAAAUGUUCGUGAUAGAAUGUUUUCUCUGAUUAUCUCUAGAACUUUAAGUGCUUUGUAAUAGUAACCGCCUCUUUCCUGUUACAGUUAGGAAAAAGUCAGAACCAGUGAACGUGAACUAUUGCUCUAAAUCCUAUGAUAUGAACUGGUAUCUUUUGAACUCGAGGAGGAAGGCGACGCCUGCUGGAGGUGGUCCUCCGUCUUCGUCUGAUGCUAGACGGGAGAUACCAGGCUGUAAGGCUUUACUCUCUGCCUUCUUUAAGGAUUUAGCUGGUUUCCACAUCUGAAAGUGAAGCAGUUCACUUUCAGAAGAGAUGGGACUUGUUUUCUUGCCAUUGAGGUCUGAAAUGGAGGUCCUUCAGCUGCAUAAAAUGAGGUUCAACUGCUUAUCACAGGAGUAAGGCCUUAAUGUGUUAACCUCAGGAUUAUGUAUGAAAAGAGGAGACCAGAAGCCAAAGACCUAGUAUAUUUUCUUUUCCUCUGUCCUUUGUCCCAUAAACCUUUGUUAGCUUUUUGUUGUUUUUGUUUUUGCCAAGGUAUUUUGAAAGAGAACCGAUUUUUAGAUGUUUAAUUUCAAACUCAGUUUGUCAGAUGUUAAAGAACACACUGCCAAAUUUUGGCCAAAGUGUUAAUUUUUUGGAAAAGCUUCCUGUCAUUUUGGCACUGAGAUAUUUAUUGUUUAUUUAUCAGUGACAGAGUUCACUAUAAAUGGUGUUUUUUUUUUAUAGAAGAUAAUUAUCGGAAGCAGUGCCUUCCAUAAUUAUGACAGUUAUACUGUCGUUUUUUUUUAAAUAAAAGCAGCAUCUGCUAAUAAAACCCAACAGAUACUGGAAGUUUUGCAUUUGUGGUCAACACGUAAGGGUGUCAGAAAACAACCACAAGUCAGAUAACAUUGUAAAGCUAAGUCUUGGAGAAGAAUUAAAUGUAAUUAGUGGUUGCUAAUCAAGUUAAACUUCUGUUUAGCUGACCAGAUAAACAUGCAGUUCUCCUAAAUGCAGUGAAGUGUGACCAAGUUAUAAAUUAAUGUCACUUAAAAGCUGUGAUUGUACUCACAGUUUUACAGCUCAGUUUAUCCAAGGUGUAGCUUUAAUUCGAAUUUUGCAGAAUUUCCAGUACCUCUGUCACAACCCUAACGCACAUUAUCGGGAGCAGUGUCUCCCAUAAUGUAUGAGAACAAGGUAGUUUUUGCCUACCACAGUGUCUGUAUCGGAGACAGUGAUCUCCAUAUGCUACACUAAGGGUGUACGUAAUUAUCGGGAACAGUGUUUCCCAUAAUUUUCUUCAUGCAAUGACAUCUUCAAAGCUUGAAGAUCGUUAGUAUCUAACAUGUAUUCCCAGCUCCCUGUAAUUCUCUCUCUUUUAGUUUUAGUUGCAGAAACAUGUUGAGGUCAUUAAGCAUAUGGUGGCUAACUUCAACCCCUGUAAAAUAAAAUUACUUCCUUCAGGAUUCUUUGUUUUUAAACCUAAUGUUGUGUGUUGGUAUAUUUGUGGUUUCCCUGGGUCUUCUGUUUAGCGGAAUAGUAGCAUACGUUUAUAAUGUUUGCUGUUGUCAAAUGAAUUUAACUUUAUCCCCUUGUUUGCAUGUCCUCUUAGUUCACACAAGUUUGAAUCCAGAAUUGACCUUUUAGCUCAAAGCAGGGGAAACUUGUAUAGGAGUUUGGGGGGAGGGGGGAGUGAAGGGUGUGGGGAAAUGAAGCUUGCAGUAGGGGCUUUGAUCAUGUCUCCCCAGCCAUUAGCAUUUGGUGGCUAUAAGUUAAACGUAGAUGUGAACAAAUGAGUUUGAGGCUACAUCAGUUAGGACUUGAUUUUCUACUCAGCCAAAACCUGAAAUCAGCUGUUCUAAGGCAGUUCAAUACUGUCACCUAAGAAAAAGUCCAUAGGGUCUCUUAAGGUUCUUAACCUUCCUGUCAUGUGUGUAAGUUAAAAUAGAUCUAGAUUAAUACAGCCUCACUGAUUGGACUAUUCACAGUCUAUGUUAGUCUACACAGUGUUUUAUCUUGAACUGAUAUUUAGUGUAAGUGAAAAGGUCGUAGCUGGGAUUCUUGGUUUGAGUAUCGUGCUUUAUCAUAUUUUAAUGAAAGUUCAGUGACUUCAAGGCAUAUUAUGAAUAAUGGGCAUACAUUUCACAGCAGUAAAUCUCUUUAAAAAACUUUUCUGUAGUUAGGAUUAAGUUAUUUACAGUCAAACAAGUCAGUAAGUGGUACGGGGCUUCAUAUUCCUGAAUGAAAUGUUUACCUGACUAGUGACAACCAGCGGGUCAGAUGUUUUCUGGUUUUAGGUGUCAUGUGCAUUUUGAAGGUAAAGAAUGAAAUGAGUGAGCUUUGUCAUGAUGCACUGUUUCAGAACUUGCAUGACCUUUAUUGUUUCCUCUCACGUGUUCUUGAAAUUUCAGUUGGCUAAAGAUGGCUUAUUAGACUUGCCAGCUUACUGUUCAGCUGUGCCUUGUGAACAAGUGAUAUGCCCUUAUAACUGUGUAUGAUCUGGUAUGUGCAGUUCCUUAUCUGAUUUAAUAAAAUGCUUGA